UAAAGGCAGACUGAAGCCGCGGAGCUGGGGCAUGAAGCAGUUUCCGGGGCCUUCGGUUCCACUUGUAAACAUGGCGGAGGAGCUGCUUGAAACGGUGGAGAGAUUGCAGUCCAGACUCUCCGAGAACCAAGAGCCUCGGAAGCUGCUCAAGACGUUGAAGAGGCUGGCAGAGCUGCCCAUGACUGUGGACAUCCUGGUGGAAACGGGUGUUGGGAAAACUGUUAAUUCUCUCCGCAAGCAUGACUUAGUGGGAGAGGCAGCAAAGAGCAUAGUGGCUAAAUGGAAGAAACUUGUUCCCCAGUCUGCAGACCGGCCUACUCCCACGAAAGAUGAUCACGCACACUCGCUAGCAGCAGACUUUAACCGGGGCCAUAAACGGGUCUGUGAGCCUUCUCCUGAAGAGCUGCGCCACGUAGAAGAAGAAGAGGAGGAAGAGGAGGAAAGGGAGGAGGAGAGGGAGGAUGAGUAUGAGCACCAUGGGCAAGAAGAGGAGGAGGAAGAAGAGGAGGAGCAAGAACCCAUGAACCGCUACCAACAUGGUUAUUCCCCCUCUCCUCCGCAAGCGUACAGCCCUACAGCGCCCAGUCUGACUGGCCAGCGCCUGCCCCAGUACCAGCAGGCCUACGACAGCCCUCAGGAGGAGCCUGCGCCUAGUCCCCCACGGAAAGAGCCCCGCCACAGCAAGCCCCACCGAGACCCGGCCAGAGACCAUCGAGACCGGCCAAGAGACCGCCACAGCGCCUCUGGUGGGCCGGAGCAGGAGCGGCGGAAACGACCCCCUCAGCCGCCGGCGGGUAGUGGGGGUGUGGAGGGAAAAAGGAGCAGCGACCGGGAACAGAGCAGCAGCAGCAGCAGCACGCAUCGAUCAGACAAACACAAAAACACACACACAUCGCACGACAGGAAACACACACCGCAUGACGGCAGGAAGGAGAAGAAGGGAGGAAGCGAAGGGAGGGCUCAUUCGAAGCGGGACGAGACAGAGCCUCAGGAGGAGGAAAGGGAAGAGUUUGAGACCCCAACCAUGUCCUUUGAGUCGUUCCUGACAUAUGAUGCGCCCACCCCGACCAAGAAGAAGAAGAAGCUGCUUAAACCUUCUCCUAAGCCUGCAGCAGCUGCUCCACCCCCGACUCCCCCCUCCAAAGCCAGUGCCACCAAUGGGGCCCGCAGCAGCAAACGCUCGGAACGUGCCCCAUCCCCCACCUCCACUCCCAUCACCCCUACACCAGAGAAGCGCAGAAAGGUGGUGGACGUGAUGCCCACCCUGCCUGAUAUUCCUCUGCCAGCCAUCCAGCCCAACUACCGGCCCCUCCCCUCAAUAGAGCACACGCCGGUGUCCCCGCAGAGACGCAAAGUUCCUGUGUCGUGUGAUGAGGAGGAUGCCGGCUUCACGGGCCGACGGUUUAACUCUAAGAUGGUGGUGUACUCUGGGUCCAAGACCGCCUACCUGCCCAAGAUGAUGUCUCUGUAUGAGCAGUGCAUCCGCGUCCUCCAGAACAACAUUGACUCAAUCGAUGAAGUUGGGGGCGUACCAUUUGAGAUUCUGGAGCCAGUGAUGGAACGCUGCACCCCAGAACAGCUGUACCGCAUUGAAGAAUGCAAUCAGCACUUUUUGGAGGACACAGAUGAGCUGUGGAUGAAGCACUGCCAGCGUGACUUCAAGCGCCAGUCUCCGCUUGAGUAUGAGUCAUGGCGGGAGCUGUACCUCCGUCUGCACGAUGAGCGAGAGGAGCGUCUGCGCAAGCUCACGCAGAACAUCAGCUCUGCCCAUGCCAACCGGCCCAAAGGUCGUCAGGUGAAGAUGGCGUACGUGAACUCGGUCGCCAAGCCACCACGUGAUGUGCGUCGCCGCCAGGAGAAGUUUGGAACGAAUUCCGGAGCCAGCUCCAGUGCCAGCUCUGCAUCCUCAAAUCCAGUCCGGAUCAAGCCAGCAAUGGCUUACACCUCCCAGUCAGAUGACGGGGGGCACUCCUCAUAUAGCAGCCCCCCCGAGACAUCCCGCCCCUCUAUGUCCGGUGGGGGAGGGCCCAGUGCACGUGACAAACCACAGGUUAAAAAAAUUGCUCCAAUGAUGGCCAAAACAAUCAAAGCAUUCAAGAACCGUUUCUCUCGGCGAUAAGGACAGAGAGUGACUGACUGCGGUGAAAGACUGUAGUUUAGUGUUUUUUUAACCUAACAAUGUCUUUAUGGUUAUAAAUGUUCUGGACAGACCACUGGACCCCCUCAGUCAUACCAGAACACACACACACACACACACAUACACAAACACAAACUCAUCCUGGCAUGUGGUCCUUUUUAUUUUUCACUCAAACGCUGGCACUACAAAUGGCUUGAGACACCAGGCUAUGAACUUUUACUGCAUUCAGAUUUUUUUAAGCACAUACAAUUUGGUAGGAUAUCAAAUAGCCCAAGGAAUAUGAAUUUGGAUCUUUCAUUGACAUCAAAUGAGCUACAUUUGAUCUCAAAUCAGCUACAUCCCACUGUUCCCACACUGUGCAAGUUUGAGCGUGACGUUCACACUGCGGUAUGACUUGAUGUAUCAAAAAGAAUGUGUUUGUGGAGAGCUGGGUUAAGCACCACCGUGCAGCCUCCCUUUGUUACAGCAUUUUCAAGAGAAAGAGAGAAUGGGGAAAAAUGAGAAUUUAUAGGAACCUGCAACUUAAUGCAACUAUUUAUUUAAAUCCUCGGGGCCAGGCUCCCCAGAGCCUGCCAAACACAAGUGGAUCAAAAUAUUAAUUUUAAUAGAUUUUAAUGAUGUAAUAUGAACAUUUUUAAUAAAAUUGACUUUUGCCCUCA